AGGUGGGUAUCCAUCCAUCCAUUGGCAUUGACGCCGGCUACCGAAACUGGUCAGCUGUUCCACGCUCGUAUUAUCUAAUCGCUCACUUUACCGAGGACGUCGAAAACGACGACGGUGGCGGUCGUCGUCGUCGUCGUCACUCAAGCGGGUGUUCAUCCACACUACUGUGUGUAACAGCCAUAGCCAGAGUGUUUGAGUUCAACCCGCGCGCCCGAAAAAGAGUGUGAACGAAAACAGAGAGAUCGCGUGAAAUCCAUCCAUCCGUACCUACAUCCAAAAAAAAAGUUCAGCGCGCGCGUUUGCUUGCUUGGAGGAGCUAGCUGGUCUUGGACGGGCAUCGUCGGUUGUUCCGUUCGACGCGUUGCAUUCCGCCUCAGUUCGGUGUUCGCUAAUCGAGUGAUAAGACGCGUUAUUCCGCCGUUACACUACCAAGCUAUUCGGGGUGGACCAGAAACGACGACGUGUGUGGAUGGAGAGUCCAGUGACCAGUGCGUAGUGCGACGCGAUGUUCUAGCUCCCGAGGGAAAGGUCAGGAUCAACUAUCGCCGGGGUCGUCGGCGCGCGAAAAUUCACGGUCAAUUUGGGGAUUUGGGGAGGAAUUUUCGACAGUGGGAAGAGACCACAUUGUGCGAAGUUGUUACGAACGGACGAAUUUAGGUCCUCAUCAGUCAGAAGAUCAGAAGAAGGUGUUAUAUUCGGGGGAUGCUGCUAAGUAAGUGGAUGCUGGGAGGAAAACGUGACAGUGAAUAGCGCGUGGAACUGAGGCGCGCAAACAAGUGAUGAUUGUUAUUUUCGGUUGUCCCCGCCGUGGUUUUUUUUUUCUGUGACAGCCAGCAGCUACCGGCUAUAAUAACAGCAGCGUUUGUAGUGGGUUCUGGUGAAGGAUCGACGUAGAGGACCGACGGUCACACUGUGUCGGCGCUAGUGGUCAAAUGCCUGUCUGAUUGUGUUGGUUGUGGGUAUCGAAGAAACGACCGCUGCGGGAAAAAUAAGAUCAAACGGUGCGAGUGAUUGUUGUAAAUUGUUGUUGUUUAACUGUGUUUAGUGCCCCGAGAUGAGUGGUUCUCAACUUAACAAUUGUAAAAAAAAAAUCUGCUGACUUCAUCCAAAUUAUCAACGAUAUAUGCUAUAAACCAACGUGCCCAAAUCGUUGAAUCCAGCCUUCUUCAUCCAACCAAAUUGAGAAGUACUGCUACAUCCGCCAUCCUAGAAAUCGCCGGCAAAAUGACGUUGAAAACCGGAGGGCUUCGCCUUUCGGCGUUUGUUGAAAGUGAAGGUGAAUUGGGAAAUUAAGCAAAAUAAUGCAAAUACCAGCCCAUCAGCGAUAGAGGCAUCGCACCAAAAAGAAAACGAAGCCAAAGUGAUAUCUACAGCAGAACAGUGCGAAUUAUUUCAAGAUCAACCGGUAUCGGUCGAGCCCGAGACCUCGGGAGAGGGCAAUCAAGUGUAUCGUCUCGACGAGUUUUAUUAUCGUUGGUUGUUUUCUGAGUGAUGCUGGUGAGGUUGAUAUCCGAAAAAUAAAAGUGUCCCUCGGUGUGCUUUGAAUAUGAUGCUUGAUGCGACGAAGAUGUUUUGCUGUUGGGUUUGGCCCAUUUUGUAACGAGUUCCGAAUUGGUGUGAAAUUAUUGUCUAUUUUUAUCCUCCCCGCUUUUGCCCACUAGUCAGUGGAGUGGAAGCCACUACCGUUCGUUGCGAGAGGGUGGGAAAUUGUCAGUGAAUUUUUUAUGUGAAGUGAGGGCAGUACGAAGAAGAGUACAAAAAUAAUUUAAUAAUAUCGUAUCAGCUCGGCGGCCAUCGUCAUCUUGGACAAGGGAGGGAAAAGCGAAGGAGCCGAAGCAUCCGAAUUGUGCCAGGAAAAAAAAACGCUGCUACGAGAAAAUUUCCUACUUGUAUUUGGACGGCGGUGAAGCUGUGGGAUGUGGCGGUCCGAAGUGAGCUGUUUGAUGUUGGUGGAUGAAAACGAGCAACGACCAUGAUGACCAACGAGCCGUUCCAGAUCAGCAAUUUCUUCUAAGUGCACAGAAGGCGCCACCUGGUGUUCUAUCAAACCAUUUUCCUCGGAACGACCAAAUCAUGCCCCGCUAGUGUGAUGCCAUCUCAACAGUCAGUGUGAGGUGCAAUGUCCAGCUAAAGUUCAAAUUUCCGAGAAAACGUUUACGAUAGUGAGUUAAAAUUACACCACCGCCGCGCGCCAUCACCAGUUUGUGUGGAAGCUUCUCUGGGAGGAGUUGAACACAAGUGGCGAAGAAAAAAGUGUCCAUUGUAGUUGGGAAAAGUGUCGUUUGGAUCGUCAACUUUCCAUCAGCUUGAGUGACGGACGUGCAUUCGUAGGGCACAAGUUUCCUCCACAGACGGCGAUAGGGGGGAAAAAAAAAGUUUCCGUCGAAGUUUUCUGUUGUUAAAGUCAGUGUUGAGAGGAAGAAGAAACGGAGGACAAAAAAAUCAAGUCCUUGUAAGUUACAGAUUGCAGAAAGUGAGAAUACACCAAGAAGCGCGCCAGUUGGCUGUGAAGCGACAACGAAAGAAGUUUUAUGCAAAUGAAGCAAUCCAAGCGAAGUAAGUGAGCCGCCAACGAACUGCCGAAGAAUAUCUAAAGAAUGUACACAGCAAAAAUGAUAGCCGAGUCCUGGCAAGUCUGAAUAAAAAAAAGAAGUUGUCAACAUUAAAUUAAUUAGGAUCGUCGAGGCGAGAGAAAACCCAGCACUUCCCACAUUCUAAGACAGCAGCUCCAUUCAGUGAAUUGAAAGUGGCUGAUCGCCUUCGCAGUGUAGCAGUAGUUUCGAGCUGCGACGCGUGUAGUGCGACUUAAUUACGUCUCCGAAGAGCCACCAGCUGAGCCCUCAGUCGUCGACGGACGGCGACAGCGAACAGCGCAGCUUUUAUUAAGGACCUUUGGGAGGCGCUUUGGGAACGGUACCGACUGAGGAGGACCGACCAGGGAAAUGGACCAGAAAAGAGUAUCAACACGCUGCCGCUGAGAUAAAGGGUAAUCAUCUACAAUAAGUUCAGAUCAACAGCAACAGCAAACCAUCUGAAAACAGAAGACUGUCUAAGGACAACUUCUUCACGGAUGCAACCGGAAGUGGAAACAUCUGGCUACCGCUCACUACCGGAAUGCGACCGGAUACCCUUAUGUUCGGGUGUGUCAAUUCUCAGCACGGCAAACAACGAAUGCCACCGUACUUCUACUUCUUCAUCAUUCCAUCGUUCUAUCCUUACCACUAUCGCGCGGCUGCCGCUGGUAUCAUCGCGUGGCGAACGACUUAACGGUUGACGGUUCCCCGUUCCAUCUAUUUUCCAACGUUCCUCCAAGGACACGUGUUUGAACUUCUGGUGAACCCACGACAACGCCACCACCGCCAGCAGGAUAAAAGGAAUCGUGGUAUUCAAGACUAAAAAGGCAACUGCAUAGCAGAAGGCAGUGAAAAUUCCGGAGCGUAUUUUAUCGCGAGAUUUGCUCUUGAGAUUAUGAAGAAGUAAAAAGUGGAUUUUUUUUUUAUUUGCUCCAGACCGGAGAUUGCAUUCAGCACAAGGAAAAGACGUCAUUGCUUUAAGAAUCAGUUUAACGGCAGCUUUAAUAUAGUUGUAGGGCAGGAGUGUAAAUACGCGUGGAGGCUAUAGUAGAACACGGUAGAAAAAAAGACUAAGAUUUAAGAUUUUACGGUAAUGCUAGGCUGCUAAGCUAGGUUAGGUAGGCAUGAAAAUGAACACCACAAACGUCGACUAUGACUACAGUAUAAUAAUUGAGGAUAACCACUUCUUCCUGCAUGGAUCGGCGGCAAACGGUUCGAAUGGAUCUCACCAUGAUCAAAAUAUGUCGAUGUGCUACUACGCACUGGAAAUCGAAGAAGAGCUUACGGUGUUUGAGUUUUGGGUCAGUGGUGUCCUGAUGAAUAUAAUAUCUCUGCUAGGCAUCCUCGGCAACAUUUUGUCGAUGGUGAUUCUCUCCAGGCCACAGAUGCGUUCCAGCAUCAACUAUCUACUAAUUGGUCUAGCCCGCUGUGAUACAAUAGUGAUUUUAACGUCAAUGUUGCUGUUCGGUAUCCCGGCUAUCUAUCCGUACACGGGCUAUCUCUUCUAUUACUAUUAUGUGAUACAUCCGGUCAUAUCGCCAGUAGUAUAUCCGCUGGCGAUGACAGCUCAGACCGCAAGUGUCUAUCUAACACUUACCGUUACAUUAGAACGAUACGUAGCCGUAUGUCAUCCGUUGCGAGCUCGCGCCCUCUGCACGUACGGCCGAGCUCGCAUCUACGUGAUAGGAAUUCUAAUCUUCUCGCUCCUCUACAACCUGCCUCGAUUCUGGGAGGUGUCCGUAUCGGCUUUCGACCACCCUGGCUACGAGGGAGCUUACUGCGUAAGCGCGUCCAGCCUCCGAACUCAGGAGGUCUACAUCCGAGUCUACGUCCACUGGAUGUACACGGUGUUCAUCUACCUGAUUCCCUUCACAUCGAUCUCCUUCUUCAACACGAUGAUCUACGAGCAGGUCCGCAAAGCGAACCGGGAACGUCAGCGGCUAUCCAGAUCCGAAAAGCGCGAAAUCGGCCUCGCUACCAUGCUAAUCUGCGUUGUGGUCGUAUUCCUGCUGUGCAACCUGCUCGCCAUGGUCAACAACAUCAUGGAAGCCGCCUACUCGAAGAUCAACGAUUAUCUAGUCAAAACGUCCAACCUGCUCGUCACCAUCAAUUCGUCCGUGAACUUCAUCAUCUACGUCAUCUUCGGCGAGAAGUUCAAGCGGAUUUUUCUUUUGUUAUUUUGUAAAUCGCGCCUCGGCCGGGAAUCGCCGGACGGAUUUCUCCAUGAGGACAGUUCAUUCUCUAACGGCGAAGGAAGCAAUCGAAACAGCGGUCGCUUCCAGCGAGUGGGUACAACCCGUAGCAGUUCGACCAAGAUCACCAACAGCACGCUCGGCAGCAUACGCACGACGCGGACCACGAUCCGAAGUACCCGAGCGCCAUCGCCCGGUCCGAUAGUGUACUACCCGGCGCGGGAAACGAUGCCCCGACUCCAGCCCCAUCAGCCCAUUAGCCGGAGCACGUCGAUGUUCCACCCGUGCUGGGAACGGGGCGAAAACGGCGCCAACGGGAUCAUGAUGGCCACAUCCGGGUUCUAGCCGAUGCUCAAGAUUUCCCACUCGGACGACGGUCUCGGAGGAGGGGAUCACAAAUUUUGAGCGCGAUCGACUGUAGGUUAGUGACUAUGUUGACUGUAGUUGGUAGAACAGAGAUUAUGACACUAUUAUAGCUUUAAUCAGCGCGAUACCUGAAGGUAGACAAGAAGUUAGAACAGAGGACUCAAUGUAGAAAUCCAAUUUGUUAACGGAAAGACCAAUUAUUACCGGCAUCCUAAGUGGGUGCAUGUGCUGCUAAAGGAGAUGCUAAGGAAUCAAAUAAUUGAAUUACUAUUUUUUCGUACCAGAAUGCACUGGGAACUCGAAUUCGUGUUGAAUCAGAUUAGAUGUGACGCAAAUAAAAAAUGGCGAUAAAAUUUUAGAAAAAUAAAACGAUUUAAUAAAGUUGCAA